AUGCAAGGAGCGGGCCACCAGAUCUCGUCGCCAUCGCCGGGCGUCGCCCUCGAGUCGAAGAAGCUCGCGCGGUUCUUCUCCGAGGACAAGCCGCCCCGGAAGCGGCUCGCGACCGCGCUCGAGUUCCUCAAGACGUCGGGGCCGGACCAGCAGGACCUCUUCUGGCGCGACGUCGUGAACGGCAGCACCUUCUUCAGCGUCCUCCAUGCGUACCUCACGGAGCUCGAGACGAUGUACGUCGUCAUGGACAAGGCGAGCGUUAUCAACAAGCUGCGCAACCGCAAGUUCCAGACCGAGGACUGGACCGACGUCUUUGAGGGCCUCGAGAUCCUCAUCAAGAGCAACAAGAGCCUCCUCGCGUCCGGCUGGCAGCACAACCGGUUCCUCACCAUCUUCCAGAAGCUCCUCCUCGCCGACAACAUGCCGUUCAUCAAGAAAUACGCCUUCCGCUGCCUCGCGCUCUACGCCGACAUCCUCAUGGACGCCGACUUUGACAUGCGCAACACAGCGACGCUCCUCGACUCGACGUCGACCGAGAACGUUCAGCUUGGCUUUGGCUUUUCCCACCUCGACUUGCUCGCCGAGUCGAUCGACUUUUCGCCGUAUGCGAGCGGGAACGCCAAUGUGUACCUGCCGCCGCGCCACUACACGGAAGGCGCCGUCGUCGGCUGGGAGCGCCCGGGGCCGACGCAGGCCGAGGAGCCCGUCGAUAUGCUCAAGUACGUCAUGGACUUGAGCCUCGAACGCAGCGACAACAUCAAGGACGUCGACGUGCAGCGCUUUAUGUUCUGGUGCAACGUGCUCAUGGGUUCGUUCAUGCCGCUGCUGUAUCCCAAGGUGUGCAUCGAAGUCGGCUUCAAGGAGAAGACCGACAAGCUCGGCUUCUUCCACCACUGCCCCGGCAGCUUCCAGCGCGUCAUGGCCCGCUGGCUCUACAAGCUCCGGUCCAAGCAGAAGUUUAUGGACGCGCUCUGGUCUCGAAAAGACUAUGUCGACGUGGUCAUGGAGACGCUGCGCCAGCGCUUUGCGUACCGCGACCCGGAGCUCAUUGUCGACGGCAUCAAGUUUUACGCGCAGCUCUGCAAGGGUACGCAGUACAUGCCGCCCGUGAUGAAGGCAAAUCUCCACGAGCUGCACCGGUCGAUGAUCGGCCACGUGUCGCAGGUGUUCCAUCCUGGCGCGCAAUUCGACGACAGCAACAUCUUUCUCAUUGGCAUUGAGCUCAUGGAGCUCCUCUCGCAACAGCGCUUGCACGUGCAUUCGUUCGCCGUCCUCCGCAAGGCGGUGCUGGCGACGACCGAUGCGUCCUACUGCCUCCGCGACAACCCGCCCGGCCAAGUGGUCUUGACGCCUAUGGUCUCGACCGUGUUCCACACGUGGAUCCACGGCCUCGCGCAGCCCAACGGCGCGUCCGUCGAGGUGUGGGCCGAGCUCGCGACCAUGGUCAAAAAAUGGCUCAUGAACCCGACCACGUCGGUCGCGUUUGGGCUCGAGCUCAUUCGGCGCUGGAAGCUUGAGCUCUUGACGCUAAGCCACGUGCUGCAGCUGUAUUUGGCGGCCGCCGUCGACAAGGAAGAAAUGGGCCGCGAAUUCUCUUCGUUUCUGAUCCACGACGUGGCCGUCGAUGCCGAUAGAUCGGUGGUUGUCGUCGACCGACUCUUGCAUGUGCUUUCGCCGAGUACGAUCGCGUCGCUUCGACCGCAAUUGAGCCAAGCCGUCCAAGACGCGGUGCUUGAAGUCGUCAAGUUUUGGAGCGACAAGCCCCACCUUGCGUCGCCCAGCACGAUCGUUGCGCUCUUCGGCGAGUGGUUCCUUCCGGCCUGUGACCUCACGUCGUCCGAGAUGGAAAAAACGCGCUGCGUCGCGCUCGAGACGGCGUGUACGAUCUUGACGCAGCGCGCGGCGGCCUCGCUGAUUCCGGCUCAUGCUGCGACCUUGGCUCAGAUUCUCUUGAGUGCACUCCAAGACGACAGCCGCACGAACGUGGUCUCGACGGUCUUGCACCACGGCGCCGAGCUCUUCACGCGCUCGAUUCCCGGUGUCAUUGUGCUCGUGCCGGCCUUCCUCCGCACGAUCGACACGAUGAUUGGCAGUGUUGGCGCGCUGCACCGCAACCUCCUCGCCGGCGGCGACAAGUCGAAUGGCACCCGUCGCAUGCCGCGGUUUGGCAACGAAAUGAAGCGCAACAUGCUCUCGUCGAUGGAGAUCCUCUUUGCCCUCUUACCGCUGCCCGCGCAGCUCCCCGAGCUACCGGACCUCAGCAUCGCGUCGCACCUCGAGACGCUGCCCGAAGACGUGCACAUUCCGGCCAUGGACGCCGAGUUGCACGAUGUGGCCGGCCGCUGCUUUACCCGCAUCCUUGAGUUUACGUUUCCGGACGUGACCGACGUCCAGCAACGCGCGCUCUGGGGGCUCUACGUGCUCAUCGUUGUCCAGCUCAACACGGCGCCGUCGCCGCUCGUCAAGCAGUACGUGGUGUUGCUCUGUGACACGUGCGCGUCCUCGGAUGCGGGCUUGGCGCUCACGGCCUUGUCCGUGGUCCACGCACUCCACCGGUUCCACGCGUCGCUCCUCGCGUACGAGCCGGCGUUAGUGCAGCACAUCGUCAUGGCGCUUUCACUCCUCGUGCAGCAGCAAGUUGAAGAUGCUUCGAACGUUGUGCGCGAGAUCCUCGAGACGGCGCCAGUCGAGCCAACGUCGCCAAUGGCGAGUCUGACGCACUCGACGUCCGAGAGCAGCGUGCAUGCGCAGGGCGGACGCAAGCGCAGCAAUUCGUGGUCGGGCUCGGUUCGCGGCCUGGAAAAGCCGACGGCCGACAGCACGUCGCUCAAGGCCGCUGAAAACCCCGUGCUCAAAACGAUCGUUGCCAAAACCACGGCGGUCUUCGAGACGCUGAGCGACUGGGUGAUCGAGUGCGAUACGAUCCUCCACGACCCGGCCGUGCUCAAGCUUCUCUUUGAUGCGCUCGAGGCCGCGCUCAUCGGUAGCAUUCCCGACGGCGCGUGGCAGCUCCAAGUGGAGCAGCAGCGCACGGUCGAGCACAAGAUGGACAUGCCAUUGCUCUUCCUGGGCCUCGCGAUGCGCGCGUCGCUGGACGGCGACCGCCACAAGCCAUCGCUCCAGUGCUUCUCGGACAUUGCGAUGGCAGCCGAAGGCUUCCUUAUGCACCUUAUGCACCAUUUGCAUGGGUUUCCUUCGCCGGCCGGUGUCGACCAGCUCGUCUCGUCGUGCACCGAGUUCCCGGACGAGCCCGAGACGUUGCCGCCCAACGCGCUGAGCUUCAUCUACAUGAACUCUAUCGUGUUGACCGUCGUCGGAAGCGUUGACGCGGCGACCGCGCGGAUCGUGGCGCGCGACAUGACGGGCACGUACACAUGGGACGCUACGAUGCCGUUGGCGUCGUCUUUGCCAAUGCCGUCGCUGCCAACAGGCGAUACUGACGUCGAGAGAGCGAUGGACGAGCCGUGGACCAAGCAUUUGCCGCCGCGGGCGUCGCCGGACCGCGAGCGCCUCGAGGUCGUCAUGGACCACGCACUGGUGCUGGCGACGCAGCCGAGCUCGGACGUGUGUCCGCUCUGCGGCGGGCGUCUCCUCGAAAAACCUCCGCAGCCAAGCGCGGAAAAGGUGACGCAAAUGGCGCCGUUCCCGGUCUUGCGCAAGACGGUGCCGAAGGGCAACACGCUGCCGUCCAUGCCGCAGUACGUCUUCCACGACGAAACCCACGGCAGCAGCAAUGGUUUGCACGACACGUACGUCUGCAAGUGCGACCCGGACGAGCUCCAAGCCAAGUCGACGCUCCCGACCCAAGUGUCGGACGCAACGUCGAUCUGCAACCUCUUUUGCCUCCCAGAGGCGGCCAAAACCAGCGUCGGCGGCCUCGACCACGAGCGGAGCCUUCUCGACUUGCUCGUCGACAGCAUCCCGAUGCACUUUCGCGAUUGCGGCGGCGACCUCAUCGACAAGACGCUCCUCGGCGGUCGCUUUACGAUGCAAAAGUACCUCGACAUGGAGUGGGAUGACAUGUACACGACGGACGGCGGUCCGCUCCAGCGCGACGCGACCGACGUGCCGGGCUUUAGCUUUGUGCAGCGGCUGCUCCACGACGAAGAGUGCUACGCGUACCUCAAGACGUUUUUGCAAAAGGAAGAGAAGGGCAAGGAGCUCAUUGAAUUCUGCGACGGCGUGAAAAAGUACGAGCGGUCCUUUGAGGGCAACGACCGCGUCUCGCAAGCGACGCUCUUGUACUGGGAGUUCUUCUCGCCCGAGAGCGUCUCGUUCACGGCGUUUCCGUUCCAAAUUGCGUCCAAGCUCCAGCACGCGCUCCAGGCGGCGCAGGCGACGACCGACGCCACGCCGCUGCCGCUGACCCUUUUCCAGGACGCCAUGGACUACGUCGAAGACACGUGCUUCCUUGGCGAAGGGCGCCUCGAUCGGUUCGUGUCCAUGCUCAACGACGCGCACGCCAAGAGCUUGCAUCCGCCGGCCGACGGCAACUGGAAUGCAUUCGUGGUGCCGCCGCAGCUCGCGCUCUACGACGCCUUCUCGGUCAUGGAGCUCAACGUGCGCAUCUGCGCUGAGACGCUCGAGGUGAAGAAGUCCAACACACUGCUGCAGCCGGCGCUGCCGUCGUCGACGAUCGCGCUCCCGACCGCGUCCAAGAUGCGGAUUUCACCGCUCGAUGUGUGCCGGCUCUGGCUCGCACAGCUCGGGAUCCUUCCGAACGAGAGCACCGUGGGCCAGAACCACGUGCUCAUCCUCGAAAACGGCGUCAAGCUGGAGCGGUCGCUCAAGCACUUGGACAAGACACCGUCGCGCGAGACCAUCAAGAUUGGCAUCGUCUACGUCGGGAAGCACCAAUCGCAGCAGCACGAAAUCCUUGGCAACACGCACGGCAGCGCCGAGUACGAAGAGUUUUUGCUCGAGCUGGGCUGGCCCAUCACGCUCGCGACGCACAAGGGCUUCACGGGCGGCUUGGACCACAACCCCAAGUCGCUCUCGAAUGGCCCGUCGACGAUCUACUAUGCCAACUCGACGACCGAAGUCGUGUUCCACGUCGUGACCAAGAUGCCGACCAAGGCCAACGACCCGCAGCAAAUCGACAAGAAGCGCCACGUUGGCAACGACCACGUGCACAUUGUCUGGAGCGACAACCCGCAGGCGUACACCCAGAGCACGAUCACGAGCAACUUCAACUUUGUGCAGAUCGUCGUGUUUCCGCUGCGACAGACGUCUGAGGGCCUCUUCCUCAUCAACGUGCUCACAAAGCCCGACGUGCCGCUCUUUGGACCGCUCAUGGACGGGAUGGUGGUCACGCGCCGGGACCUCCCCGAGCUCCUUCGCCAGACGGUCAUGAACGCCAACCGCGCGUGCCGGCAGCAGUCGGCGUGGUACCUUCCGCCGUACCCGACGCGCCGCAAGCUCAUUGACGAGAUUGUCGAGCGCUACGCGACCGACUACAGCGAAAAGAGCAUGCUCACAAGCCUCUUCAAGAUCCCGUCGCCCGCCGAAGGCCACAGCAUCUAG